AUGUUCGCGCCGGCUGGGAAGCGCUGCUUCACCAUUGAGUCUCUUGUGGCCAAGGAGAAACCGUUUCAGGCCGACGAACCUCUCAGGCCAACGGCACUCAGCUACGCCGGCCCCGACGCCCUAAUGGGCGGCUAUCCAGCGUCGGCGGCGGCCGGUCCUGGAGCUACCGCUUCCGCGGCGGCAGCUGCAGCCGCCGCGGCGGCGGCCGCCGUGGCCCGCUCGCUCUACCCGAACCCUGCCGAGCUAGUGUUCCCCGAGUCGGUGAGCCACCCGCCGCUCGGCACGGGGGUGGGUCCACACCCGCAUUCGCACCCGCACGCGCACCCGCAUCAGCAGCACAGCCAGCAUCAGAACCAGCACCUCCAGCACCACGCGCACUUUUUCGGCUCCGCGCAACAUCGAGACCCGCUCAACUUUUACCCCUGGGUGCUUCGGAACCGCUUUUUUGGACACAGAUUUCAAGGGCACGACGUGUCACAGGACGGCCUGCUCCUCCACGGCCCGUUCGCUCGGAAGCCGAAAAGGAUUCGAACCGCCUUCUCGCCGUCGCAGCUGCUGCGCCUGGAGCGGGCCUUCGAGAAGAACCAUUACGUGGUGGGCGCCGAGCGGAAGCAACUGGCUGGCGGCCUCAGCCUGUCCGAGACUCAGGUGAAGGUGUGGUUCCAGAACCGGCGUACCAAGUACAAGCGUCAGAAACUUGAGGAGGACGGCCCGGAAGCCCAGCAGAAGAAGAAGGGCAACCACCACAUCAACAGGUGGCGCGUGGCCACCAAGCAGAACGCUUCUGAGGACAUCGACGUUGUCACCUCCGAGGAUUAA